AUGGUUUUGGUAACAAAAUGGCAGGGGGCCUACUAUCCAACCCGCACUGCCCCAACUGAAGUUAUUGCUGUUUCUUAUGCCUUCAAUAAUCAAAUUUUUGAGAUGAGAAAUUGCAGCUGUGUAUUAGAGGGUGAUAUUAUCUGUUGGCUAAAUAAUGCAGGUGAAAGUGAAAGGCCUCAAGAAAGUUAUUUUUUAGAGAGAUUUGCAUGUGGUGGUGACUGUCUUUCUCGACCAGGACCUUCCUCUCAAGUGGCACCUAGAGCCUUUUAUCUCUUAAGCACGGCUUCUUCUAAAUCACAUUCUAGCUUGCUCAAGUAUGGUAACGAUGAAGAAUUUAAAUUUGCACUUUGGGGAUUGAAUGAGUUGAUUGGAAGCCAAAAGGUUAGUAAUGAAUUGAUUAAUGACGAAGGGGUUAUUCCAAUUCUGUUUAAUCGUUUAGGUUCAAGCAAGCCAUACAAUAGGUUGGCUAUAAUUCAAGUACUAAGAAGAAUGGCUUGGAAGAAUGCUGAGAACAAGGAGAAAAUGGUGGAUGCUGGGUACUUGUCAUUGCUGGUGAAGUCUUUGACAAGGGAUGUGGAAGAGAGGAGGGAAGCUGUGGGGCUGUUGCUAGAUCUCUCAGAUCUCAUAGCGGUUAGGCGGCGGAUGGGUAGAAUUCAAGGGUGUAUUGUUAUGUUCGUUGCGAUGCUAAAUGGGGAUGACCCUGUUGCUUCUCGAAAUGCAGGUAAGUUGUUAAAUACUCUUUCAAGCAAUACUCUGAAUGCACUUCAUAUGGCAGAAGCCGGUUACUUCAAGCCAAUAGUGCAGUACCUAAAGGAAGGUUCUGACAUGAGUAAGAUUCUCAUGGCAACUGCACUAUCAAGGAUGGAGCUCACAGAUCAGUUUAGAGCUGCCCUUGGAGAAGAUGGGGCAAUUGAACCCCUUGUGAAGAUGUUUAAUGCAGGGAAGCUGGAAUCUAAAUUAUCAGCUUUAAGUGCGUUGCAAAAUUUGUCCAUCGUGACAGAAAACAUUCAACGCUUGGUUAGUUCGGGCAUAGUGGUGCCUCUGCUUCAGCUCCUUUUUUCUGUGACUUCUGUGCUCAUGACUCUUCGGGAACCAGCAUCGGCUAUUCUUGCAAGGAUUGCUCAGUCAGAAUCUAUUCUUUUUAACCAAGAUGUAGCUCAGCAGAUGCUCUCACUUCUGAAUCUUUCCAGUCCAGUAAUUCAGUGUCAUCUCUUACAAGCACUCAACAACAUUGCCGCCCAUUCAAGUGCAGCCAAAGUUAGAAGAAAAAUGAAGGAAAAUGGUGCAAUUCAGCUUCUCGUGCCCCUUCUCAAGGAAAAUAACUCAAAAAUCAGGAGUGGUGCCUUGAAUUUGAUUUACACUCUCUCCAAAGAUUUACCAGAAGAGUUAACUGAACAGCUAGGAGAAACCAAUAUUAGUUGCAUUGUCAAUAUUGCCUCAUCAUCAACAUCUGAGGACGAAAAAGCUGCAGCAGUUGGCUUACUUAGCAAUCUCCCCAUUAGUGAUAGGAAAGCAACUGAUAUACUUAAGAGGGAAAAUUUGCUUCCAAUAUUGAUCUCCAUUACCAGUUCAAGCAUUGCAACUUCAACACCCACAACAUGCUGGUUAGUAGAGAGUGUUGCAGGUGUAUUGAUUAGAUUCACAAAUCCUUCUGAUAAGAAAUUACAGCUUCUCUCAGCAGAACAUGGGGUGAUUCCUUUGCUUUUGAAAUUGCUCUCGAGCGAGUCACCGGUUGCAAAGUGUAGAGCAGCAACCUCACUAACUCAGUUAUCACAGAAUACACUGUCACUUAGAAAGUCUAGAAAUUCGAGAAAGUCAAUGUGGUCGUGUGUUCCUCCUUCUGCAGAUGCAUAUUGUGAAGUUCAUGAUGGCUACUGCUAUGUUAACAGCACAUUUUGCUUGGUCAAGGCAGGUGCUAUUUCCCCACUGGUCCAAAUAUUGGAAGGUAAAGAUAGGCAAGCAGAUGAAGCUGUUCUCAGUGCCCUUUCAACUCUCUUGCAAGAUGAAAUUUGGGAGAAUGGAAGCAAUUGUGUUGCCAAAACGGCAGGCAUUCAAGCCAUAAUAAAAGUUUUAGAAUCAGGGAAUGUAAAGGCUCAGGAGAAAGCACUAUGGAUAUUAGAGAGGAUUUUAAGGGUCGACGAAUACAGAGUGCAGUAUGGGGAAUCUGCUCAGGUAGUGCUUAUUGAUGUAGCCCAGAAUGGUGAUCCCAGAUUAAAACCAACAGUUGCAAAAUUAUUGGCACAGCUGGAGCUCCUGCAGAUUCAGUCUAGUUACUUCUGAACAAUCCAUAGCUUGUAAGCUAGAUCUUGUUUGUGAUUUUGUUUCAUAUAAAUUUCUUUUAAUUACUCCUUUAUACAUAACAUUCAAUUCUUCACUGUACAUAUGGUGAAAAUAGGAGCAUGAUUGCAUGGCUUGGGUUGAUAGGAAAGGUGAGCAUUCCCUCUGCUUGUUAUUGGGAUUUUUCUUGUCUAUAUUGAUGUUAUUAAGAAAAUUCAUAUUUGCUGUAUGCAUUUUUCUAAAAAGAGAAGAAGAUUCUUCGUAUUUGUAUCUGCUUUUGUUAGUGAAAAUGUUAGAACAGCCAUAUUUAAAGGAUUAUUGAUUAAUUAUGUGUCUUUACCGGCCUUAGAAUUGUUAUUUUGCCACUAUCGUUGGAUUUGCAAGGGAGUAUGGUACUGUAAUUUCAGCAAUGUUGUCCUUUCCUAGUUCAAGAGAAAAACAAGUUCACUUGCGGUUCAAAUUGGAGUGGCUGAACUAUCUUAAAGGGAACUAAAAAAAAACAAGUUCACUUGCAGUUCAAAUUGGGGUGGCUGAACCACACCUUAAAGGGCGGAUUGAGAAUGACCAAACUGUUCUUUAGCUCCAAA